CUCUCUCUCUCUCUUCAUUGUUAUCAAGAUCUACACUGUCUUGUUGGUCAUGACAUGUCUCUUUUGAAAUGAGUGGUUUAUCAUCGGAGGAAUCACAUCAAUAAUUCCACACCUCAUUAUCAAUAAGAAGGGAAUCUACCAUCGACAGAGGUGGCAAUGAUGUCCAUGAUUUCUCCUUGAUAGUUGAUGUGGUUUUAUUCUGUUUGCGUCGAAGCUAAGGAUUGCUGCCUGCUGUUCAAAGAAGUACCAAUCAAAGACGCCAUAACAAUGAAUCUGGAUGAAUUGGAAACAGAGAAUGCAUCUCGCGGUUCGGUACGACGAAUUGCAGUCAAGAGCGCGGACGAAGCGGACGAGGUACCGCGAAAGACCGCGGUCACUACCGUUUCAGAAACGGUAACUAACAGCGCGGUUACCACCGCUUUUCAGUACCCGACGUACCGAGACAGAGUUUCGUGGCUAGCGGUCAUCUACAAAUCUGUUCCCGACGCUGUGGGUCUGGCUGGGUUGAAAUAUGCCUUCAACUCAGCCGAAGUAAGAUGGCGGAGACUACUGUGGACAUUAUUGGUGCUGGGAGGCAUGAGUACAUGUUGCUACCAGGUCGUAGACAGGUCAAUCCAUUUUGCAUCCCAUCCGAAGAGUUUGGACGUAAGCAUCAACGAAGUAUCCACCAUAGCCUUUCCCACCAUCGCCAUCUGUAGCUACAACAGAUUUAGGGCAUCUGCUGUGAAUGGAACCGAUUUUGGCGCUUUUUUGAAAGAUGGCUACUUGAAUCCAACUACCUUAAACUAUUCGCAAUACUUCGACACACUCUCCUCCAGCAUCUUCGAUGAUGUGCUCUUCAACUAUACACAUCUAUUGGAAGAUUCCAUCCUUAAGCUAUACUGGAAUAGGCUCCCAAUAUAUCCGGCUACGAAAUACUUCUCUCUAAAAAUGACCGACUGGGGCCCAUGUUUUAUCUUCAACGAUGCUGAUAAUGGUUUGGAUGGUCUCGUACUAGAAUCUUCAGGCAGAGCAACGGCUGGAUUGGUAAUAGCAGUCAACGUCCAUCAAGACGAAUAUUUCUAUGACCCAUGGACUUACCUUGCAGCGGGAUUACAUGUGGCGAUAUACCCCCGUGGAACCCAACCAUUCAUCGAUGAUAUAGGGUUUUCCGUAGCCCCCGGGACCUCAACACUGGUAGGACUAGAUCUGGAGGAGAAUGUAUUUUUGCCGCCUCCGUAUGGUGAUUGUGAGAACAAAACCCUGAAUUACUUUGACUACUAUGGGACUUUGGAGUGCAAGCUUGAAUGUGCUGGUAGCUUCGUGGCAUCUCAAUGCGGCUGCAAAGUUAUGAAUUUGCCUGGUGAUGGACCAGAAUGCAGUGCAUGGGAAUUUUAUACUUGUGUUUCCCCAGCAUUGGGAGAAUUCGCUAAUAACGUUACUUGUGAUUGCACUCCGCCGUGUGCGACCCGAAACUAUGUAACCACGUUGUCUCAAGCAGCAUACCCCGCAACGUUCUAUGCAGCGCCACUGGCCUCCAUUUAUAAUGAAACAGCCGAGUACUUCAGAGAAAAUAUAUGUCGUCUGAACUUUUACUUUAAAGAGAUGAAUGUGGUCACCAAAACUCAACAACGGGACUAUACCUUCUUCAGUUUACUUUGUGAUGUCGGAGGAUCUCUUGGUCUAUGGCUUGGCGGGAGUAUUCUUACCCUGUUUGAGAUCAUCGAUCUCUUUGGUCAUGCAACGUACGUCUACUCAAGGACAUCGCCUCCAAAAUAAACUGAAAAAUCAAAUUGUGUUGAAUUUCACCUUGAAAGAUUUUCUUAUCUUUAAACCUUGAUUGUAUAUUGUUCCUUCGAAAGCAAAAGAACGAGAUGAGAAUUAAAAUUUAUAUUUAACAAAUCGUUCCUAAUGAUUGCCAUUACUUUAGCCACAUCAGAAGCUGCCGUAGCCUCUGCAUGAUAUCAUCCAACGGAGGCACUCUAACCAUGGUCUUUUUUUGUUUUACCGACGAGGGCGUAUCAUACAAGGCAUGUACAGAGCCGUGUAUAGAUGGCUCUGGGCAUGUAUAAUUAUUAUAAGAUGAUGACGUGAAUCCUAAUUAAAUGAUUGGUUGAGAGCGUACACAUGACCAGGCAUU